CUGUGGGGUUGGUUGGGGAAGUUGUUUCUCAUCUUUCCAAGGUAUUUUGAAAUGCGAAAUUGUUUCAGUAAUUAAGUAAAAGGACUGUUUGUGUGCUGUACUGUGUCCAGUGAAAGUAACUGUUGAAUCUUAAUGGAAACUGCGAUUUUUCUAUAACGUCAUUUGCUGUUGUGAUUACGCUAAGUGUAUUGUGGAAUAGAUGUUUUUUUGUGACGUAAUAAUUUAAGAAGGGUGAGAUUUAUUGAGCCUGUAAUGGCAGAGACAAGUGAAGCGAAGCCAAGUGCUUCGGCUCCUGGUGGUGAUGCAGGCGGAGAGGAGGACAAGCGCGAUGAACGAAUGCUGGAAUGCAACAUCUGCCUGGACACGGCUCGAGAUGCAGUUGUUAGCAUGUGUGGACAUUUAUUCUGCUGGCCAUGCUUGCACCAGUGGCUGGAGACGAGACCGAGCAGACAGGUGUGCCCGGUCUGCAAGGCAGCCAUCAGCCGAGACAAGGUGAUCCCGCUGUAUGGCAGGGGGAAUACUAAGCAGGAGGACCCUAGGAAUAAGGUGCCACCACGGCCCGCGGGCCAGCGCACGGAGCCCGAGAACAACGGCGGGUUCCCGGGCUUCAGCUUCGGCGAGGGCUUCCACAUGUCGUUCGGCAUCGGCGCCUUCCCCUUCGGAGUGUUCACCUCCACCUUCAACUUUGGCGAUCCUAGACCGAGCGCUGCACCACGCGGCACGGCGCAGUACGAGGAGGAGCAGUUCCUCUCGAAGAUAUUCCUAUGGGUCGCCAUCUUGUUCGUGCUUUGGCUCAUAUUCGCAUGACCAGAGGCGUGCGCUUCGGGGCUGGG